GGCCACAUUCCUCGCUCUGCUCACACACAAACAUCAUCAACAACAAACCCCGAGCCAACCAGACUCCUCUGCUCCACGUUCACCACUCCAUGGCAAUUCCUCUUCUUUGCGUGCUCCUUUAUAUCCCUCGUCCCUUCCUUCUUUGUCUUCCUCCUCCUCCUCUACUCCCUUCUCUCCCCCGUCUAUCUAUCUCUCUCUCUACCUAUCUCCAUCUGCCUCGCCGCCCUCCGCUCUUCCUCCGCUCUACCUCCUCCUCUCCUAAACCAUCCCACAAGUAGCUCCUUCCUGAGCAUUACAAUCGUUUCUGUUUUUUUGUCAGUCCUUUCAGUCCACACUCGUUGCACUCCACUCCACUCUACUACACUUCACUCCACCACACUCCACAUCACUCAAUCACCAACAUGUCCGCUUCCUUCUCCGCCCCCAUGUCUCCCGCAGACUCCCACUUCUCCGCCAAACAGCUCCGCGCCUCGCGUCUACGCGACAUCGAACGUCGCGCCGUCGCUAAAGUCGAGGACGAAUACAAGGACGAGAUCGCCGCCCAGAUGCAAAAGCUCGAGAUGGCAACCCUCCCCGACGUCGCCAUGAUCGAUCUCCAGCCAGAGCUCGAAUGGCACAUGCGACCCUACCUCCUCGACUUCCUGGUCGAGUCGCACCUGUCGCUGUACCUGCAGCCGCAGACCCUCUUCCUCGCCGUCAACCUGUUUGACCGCUACUGCUCGCGACGCGUCGUGUUCAAGAAACACUACCAGCUCGUCGGCUGCGCGGCGCUCUGGAUCGCGUCCAAGUACGAGGACAAAAAAGACCGCGUGCCGACCGUGCGCGAGCUCAAGAUCAUGUGCUGCGACGCGUACGAGGAAGACAUGUUUGUUCAGAUGGAAGGCCACGUCCUCUCCACCCUCGACUGGUCGAUCGGCCACCCGACCGCCGACUCCUUCCUCAAGCAGUACCUGCGCCACAACUGCAGCCCGACCCUCGAGCACCUCGCGCUCUACCUGUGCGAGAUGACAAUGUUCCACAAGUCCUUCCUCGGCUUCCCGCCCUCCGUCAUCGCCUCGGCCGCGCACGCCGUCGCCCAGCACGUCCUCAUGAGCGCGAACGCGUCCACCGUCGUCUACUCGUCGCCUCUGUCGUUUGUCUCGUCGCCGCAGGAGUCCCAGUGCGUCACCUUGCUUUCGCAGUUUAUGAUGCACGUCCCCAGUCUCUCCCUCCAAAAGAAGUACUCCUCAGCCAGCUUCUCCCAAGUCGCGCUCAUCCUCCUCGACUUUGUCGCGCGCCAGCAACAGCAGCAGCAGCAGCAACAACAACAGCAGCAGCAGACCACCUCCGUCACCGAGAUGCCGCCGACGCCACCUCCCACCUCCGAGUCGCUCGUGCCCAAGUUCGAGCGCGCCGACGCAAAGAUGGACGACAGCCCGUCUUCCUUCGCGGGCUGCAACAACCGUCCGUAUAUGACGCCGCCGUGCACGCCGGACGAGGUUGUCUGCAAGGACAUGCAGUUCAUGACGUCUACCACCUGCGCUGUUUAACGAAUUCUCAAAAUGUUUUCCGGCGUUGGUUGUUUUCCUUCUUUCUCUUCCAUCAUUUCUCAUCAUCAUCCAUCACAUCAUGCUUUUUCUCGAGCGCAGG